AUGGGCCCCUGUACCGCCUCCUCAUGCUGCUGCCAGGCCCCUAAUCUGCCAUGGGCCCCUGUACCGCCUCCUCAUGCUGCUGCCAGGCCCCUAAUCUGCCAUGGGCCCCUGUACCGCCUCCUCAUGCUGCUGCCAGGCCCCUAAUCUGCCAUGGGCCCCUAUACCGCCUCCUCAUGCUGCUGCCAGGUCCAGAGUCUGUCAUGGGUCCCUGUACGGCCUCCCAUUGCUGCUGUCUCCAUCGCCACACUCUGCCAUGUGCCACUUUCAGGUCUCCUCACACUGCUGGUGUGUUCAAUUUUUUGACAUAGGGUGCUGGCAGAUUACGGGCCUCCCAUAGCUGCUGCCAGGCCCCUAAUCUGCCAUGGGCCCCUGACCGCCUCCUCAUGCUGCUGCUGAGUCUGCCAUGGGUCCACGGCCUCCCAUUGCUGUGUCUCCAUGCCAUGCCAUGUGCCACUUUCAGGUCUCCUCACACACUGCUGGUGUGUUCAAUUUUUUGACAUAGGGUGCUG